UGACGUCAUAGAACUGCAAUCAUUGAACUCGGAUCGACCAAUCAUAGAGAAGCGACAAAACAGCAUCGACCAAUCAGCCAGUCAGUCGCUUCUCUCCAAGCCGCAGUGUAAUAUGGGCCUUCAAAGUGUACGAUUGACGGAGGUUAUCUGGUUAUGUUUUGUGCGAGCCUUUAAAUUGUGCCGGAGGAAUGUUUCCUUUCCUUUGGAAAUUAUCGAAUAUUUAUACCUAAGUAGACUUAAGAUGUAAACGAAAUUGAAGGAUCUUCUUUAUCGGAUUGUGAACAAUUGCAUAGUCUCGAACGGAAGAGGAAAAUGAAGCUAGUCAAACCGAAUUGGGUUACUCAUGAUGGAUAUCCAAUAUUUUCCAUCGAUAUACAUCCCGAUGGAAAAAGAUUUGCGACUGGAGGCCAAGGUGGCGAUUCCGGAAGAGUUGUUAUAUGGAACAUGGAACCAGUGAUUGAUGAGGCAGCUGAAUUGGAUUCUAAUGUUCCAAAAAUGCUUUGUCAGUUGGAUAAUCAUCUAGCGUGUGUAAAUUGUGUGAGAUGGAGCAACAGUGGAUUAUUAGCGUCAGGUGGUGUGGACAAACUAAUUAUGAUUUGGAGACUAUCAGGAUCAGGUGGAAGCAGCAUUUUUGGCGGAAAAGCUAGUGUGGAAGCUUGGAGAUGCAUUGCGACUCUACGUUCGCAUGAAGCUGAUGUGCUAGAUCUUGCGUGGGCACCGCACAGUCCAUGGCUGGCUUCAGCUUCGGUGGACAACAGUGUAAUCGUAUGGGAUGCUUCGAAAUUUCCUGCUGUUGUAGCUGUAUUAAAGGGCCACACAGGUUUUGUGAAAGGAAUUACUUGGGAUCCGGUGGGAAAAUAUUUAGCAUCUCAAUCCGACGACAAAACAUUGAGAGUGUGGCACACUACGGAUUGGACGGAAGCAGCAUUAAUAUCUGAGCCUUUUGAUGAAUGUGGUGGAACAACUCAUGUUCUGAGGCUUUCUUGGAGUCCCGAUGGUCAGUAUUUGGUAUCUGCCCAUGCGAUGAAUGGAGGAGGACCUACAGCACAAAUAAUAGAAAGAGAUGGUUGGACCCAAGAUAAAGACUUUGUUGGACACAGGAAAGCAGUAACAUGUGUUAGAUUUAAUGGCAAUAUUCUUCAGAAAAAACAACCAGGUUCCUCUAAACCACAGCAGUAUUGCUGCGUUGCAAUAGGAUCGCGAGAUCGUUCAUUAUCCGUAUGGUUAACUUCAUUGAAAAGGCCUCUGGUAGUGAUACACGAAUUGUUUACGCAUUCUGUGCUGGAUGCUAGCUGGUCACCAUGUGGUCUUCGUCUUACUGCCUGUUCUUGGGAUGGAACUGCUGUAUUUAUUGAAUUCACUCAACAGGAAUUAGGGCAACCUCUCGAUCCUGCUGAACAAAGCAGCCUCCACGAAAGAUUGUACGGCAAACCAUUAGUUCAAGGAGGCUGUAUGGUGAUGGAAGCACCAGAACUACUCAAUUUGAAGCCACCGGUAUCGAAUCAAUCUGUUCAAAUGCUAUCUACUCCAAGCAUUCCACCAGCCACUAAUAGUGCGGCUACUUUGGUCAAGGGACCUAUUAAUAAACAAAUCGAAACGAGGACUUCAGAUGGUAAAAGAAGAAUUACUCCUAUGUUUAUUCCACCACCCGCGGAUACAACGGACACAAAUAUCAGCACUAAUUUAGGCACACCGACAUUCACAAGUAAAGUACAAACCAAAAGCUCAAUUGUGAUAGAGAAACGUAACGACGUUGUUGCGCCCAAUGUCACCACGUCCUCCGUAAAAUCGACGAACGCUAUCGACAUUCCGGCAGUUUCGUCCCUUACAUUAAAGCGCAAGGAACAAACGACCCCGAAAAUACACCACUCUUCACCGAAUAAAAAGCCUAAAUUCAUAUCCGACAAAACCGGAGGUCAGAUGUUGCUUCCUCCACUGAAGCCAUCCAGCUCGUUGUCCCAGCAGGCAGGCCAUUACGCUGUGACGGUCACCAAUAGUGAGGGCUUAGCUCACUUGCAAGUAUUUAGAGGCACGGAUUCCGAACCGACGUGGGAUCUCUACCUAGGGUACAGCGCUGUCGCGUUAGCCGCGUCACCGGCUGUAAUAGCCCUGGGUUUGGAAGAUGGAAGUCUUCAUACAUUUCAUCCCGUCAAGGGCUGCCGGCCAGCACCUCCAUUAGCACCACCAGCACCACUGGCAAAAGUUCAUGCCGUUGGAAAUGCGGUGAUGGUGAUAUCGAGCUGUGGUGCAGUUCGCGUGUGGGAAAUAGGGAACACAUGCAGAAUGAUCGUUUCGACUUCGGCCGCCCAUUUGGCUGCGCCUGGAACAUCUCUAUUGUCGUGCACUUUGUACAAUGGAAUGCCUCAUAUAGCAUUUACUAACGCACGAGCAUAUAUAUAUCAUAAGGACAUGGGAACAUGGUUAUUAAUUGGAGAUAGCCAAGAUCCUGUAUGGCGAUGGUCAUCAUUCAACGUAUUAAGCACAUCUGGAAAUAGAGUUCCUAGGGGACCUUUGUCGUCGCUGCAGGAAGGAUUACUCAGAACUGCAGGGAAUACUUUGCCAAAUCCGCGAUUACCGCAUAGUGCGCCAAGCGUGGUUUCUUAUUUGGAACAACAGUUGCUCGCAUCUAAAGCUCUUGGAAGCGCUCAGGAAUAUGUUUACUGGCUCAUGGCUCUAGUGUCAUUUCUAUUAACACAAGAUGGUUUGGAGAGACGUUUAAGAUUAAUUUUGGACGAUCUUUUGGGUCCAAGUCACACAUCAGCUUCUAAAAGCAUGUGGGAACCUGCAAUUUUGGGAAUAAAAAAGCACAAACUUUUGGGCGAUGUACUAGCCACAAUUGGCAGCCACCUUCGUUGGCAAAGGCUAUACCUCGAGUAUUCGGAGCAAUUAACGACACUGAAGAAUCAAUAAUUAAGACUCGUGGUUUUUUUUACUCAUUGAUUAAUUAAGACUCAAUGACAAAUUCAUUCAUUACAACGCAAAUUUUGUUAUUUCACAAAUAAUUCAUGUUUACUUUAGUUAAUAUAUUAUAUAUUUUUAAAGCUACUAUGGAUGUGUAAGACUGUACAAGUUUUAUAACACAUUAUUUUUUUACUCAUUGAUUAAUUGAGACUCAAUGACAAACUCAUUCAUUAUAACGCAAAUUUUGUUAUUUCACAAAUAAUUCAUGUUUACUUUAGUUAAUAUAUUGUAUAUUUUUAAAGCUACUGUGGAUGUGUAAGACUGUACAGGUUUUAUAACAUUUGCAGCUUGACAUACGCACAUUUGAGGUAUUAAAUAUAUUAUAAGGAAUAAACAAUUUUAGUACAA